AUGUCGGAGCUCUUGGAUAUCUUGUCCCAUAUGUCCAACUUGGAUCAAGCAGAGGGAACGAAAAGCUCGUCCCUGGCUCUCCAAUCGCUGUCAGAGGUCCCUUCGGAAACGUUUCGCCGAAAAACGGCCCCAAUGUUUAGUUCAGCGACUAGUAUGGGACUGGGACUGGGGUGGAUGGGCGGCUUCUCCUGUUGUGGAGAUGGAAAGGAAGAAGGCACUAAUCGGGGCGAGACAAAAGGGCCGAUAAGCUCGACUAGUGGGACACGUAACGAGGCGCCAGGAGGUGGUCUUCCGGAAGUCGACGAAGCCACCUGUCAGCAUAAGGUAACCAGCUCGUAUUUGGGGUAA